AUGGAUGGCAUAUACCCAACCUAUGCUGCUUUUGUUAAAAGCUUUAAGGACCCUCAGUCUGCAAGGCACAAGAACUUUGCAAAGACACAAGAGGCAGUCAGAACGGAUGUAGAGCGUGCAUUUGGUGUAUUGCAGACACGUUUUGCAAUAGUUGCUGGGCCAGCAAGAAUGCGGAGUCAGGAAACUCUGCAUGACAUUAUGACUACUUGUAUAAUCUUGCACAAUAUGAUUGUAGAGAAUGGUAGAGGAGAGAAAGAAUAUGUUGGUGAAGGUAAUGGAGUAGAAAGAGAAGUUGUGAGAGAAAGAUAUGAGGUGGAUACAUCCUUGAAUGGAAUGACGUCCUUGAUGCCCAGAUCAGAGAUAGUGCUUCCAGAUAGAAGCUUCACAAGUUUCAUCCAAAGAUAUAUGGCAAUUCAAAACUGUGAGCAACACUUUCAGUUGAGACACGAUCUCGUAGAAAGCUUGUGGCAAAGAAAAGGAGAUUCAUUAAUAAAAUAA